AUGUCUGCGGAAAAGAGACCAGCGCACGAAUCCCUCGGAUCUGUACAACUUGUCAAGCGUCAACGAUCAGAUAGCAAUCUAAACCGGAGCGCCGUUACUAUAUCCAGUGGAACCGGAAAGAAUGAAGCUCUUAUACAGUCUGUACCCCGGACAAGCGGCCUCGCUGCUCCUAUAAUGGAGCUUACAGGCCAUACAGGCGAAAUCUUUUCUACCCGAUUUGAUCCUACCGGCCAACAUAUAGCUUCUUCUGGAAUGGACCGAUCUAUACUAUUAUGGCGAACAUACGGUAAUUGCGACAAUUACGGCAUACUUUCCGGCCAUAAAGGUGCCAUUCUCGAUCUUCAAUGGUCCCGGGACUCACAUACCCUUUUUUCGGCUUCCGCAGAUAUGACCCUAGCGAGCUGGGACCUGGAAUCAGGCACACGCAUACGGCGCUAUAUGGAUGACACUGAAAUCGUUAAUUUGCGAGGAUAUCAGCCGGCGUGGCCGGGAGUUGUGUGA